AUGUCCGAGUUCGAAGAGGACGAUGAGAACGAUCUCUUCGUUCGGCAGGAGAACGACUUUUAUCAGAGCCAGAGUCUGAUAGAGGCAGUUGAAAACGAAAGAAAUGGCACUACUGUUGAAGGAUACACCUAUGAUGGUACCAAUCUUUCGCAAGCUGAGACACCCUCGCAUGAGAGCAAGGGUCCAACAAAUGGGCUCAAGACUACCACUACAACUUCUGGAAACCAUAUAAUUACACUCCAUGAAACUGAACAUGAGUCGGCAACUUUAAGAGACGAUAUAUAUAACAGUGAAGAGCUGUUCAAGUCAGUUGUGCUAUCCACGCCACUAUCAUUUCAGAAAACAAUUAUUCGUGAUAUGCUCGCAGAUGACGCUUUAUUAGUACUUGGUAGAGGUCUGGGACUUCACCUUAUAGCGGCUAAUAUACUUCAUGCUUUAGAUGUAGCAGGUACGACUACUGCUAAAUCAAUUGCGGAUGAAUCAACCAUUGAAAAUGGUACCAGACAAAGCAGAUCAAGUCUUGUACUACUAAUAGGAACCAAUGAUAUUGAAAAUUCUCGGAUAUCUCAAGAAUUGUGGCAAUUAUCACAAUUGGCUGACCCAUUGACUAGCUGCCAUAGGGGCUUGACGAUAGUGAGUAAUGAAACGACAACUUUAAACCAGCGUGAGAAGUUGUAUAAAAGAGGCGGCAUAUUCUCCGUAAGAUAUCAAGCACUGGUUGUUGAUAUGCUCUCAGGAGCAAUUGACUGCUCAAAAGUCACUGGAAUAGUCGCAUUCGAUUCUGAUAGGAGAGUCGAUAAGCACUAUUUGGAGUGGGUUAUUCGACUCUAUAGAUCAAAAAACACAAGAGGAUUUAUCAAAGCUCUGACAGAAAAUCCCGAAGGAUUUGGUACAAGUGGUACCCUACAGCCGCUAGCAGCCAAAUUGAAAAAUUUGUCUAUUAAGAGGGUUUUACUAUGGCCGAGAUAUCAUAUAGAAGUUACCGACUCAUUGCUACAAACAGGUCGGGGCAGAAAACGCAACGAAAUCAUUGAGAUUCAGGUAGAGAAGUCAGAGGCUGUACGAAGAAUUCAAACGGCAAUUAUGGACAGUAUAGAGUCCUGUAUAAGUAGGAUUAAGAGGACAACCGCGUCAAUAAAGGUGAUUAGUACAGAGGAGUGGAACCUUGAUAAUGCACUCUCUAUGAAACUUUCUCGGCAAGUCAGAUUUGAACUUCGCCCUUAUUGGCAUUUAUUGUCAUACGACGCUCGUCAUGCUGUGGGUGAUCUGGCAGUUCUUGAACAGCUGUUGGAUGAUGUGUUAUCACUAGAUAGUGUAGCAUUUUUGCAACGCUUGAUUGAGAUAUCAAAAUCAGCUACAAAAUCCACUAGGGAUGUUUCGCAAUGGCUUCUUGAAGAUGCUGGUUCAAUGCUAUUUCAGCUUGCAAAGGAAAGAGUAUACGGUAAAAAAUCCAAGGAUUCUACUAGACCAGCUAUUAUAGAAGAACUACCUAAAUGGUACCAUUUGAUGAAUAUCUUGGAGGAGAUUUCUGCUGAGAAAAGUAACAGCAACCCCGAUGAAACAGGAGGGCCGGUUCUUAUUAUGUGCAAAGAAAAAAGAACAGUUACGCAGCUCAAGGCAUAUAUAGACACCGUUGGCAAAGCGAAGAACGAACCUCAAAACGAUAACGAAAGUAUCCCGCCCGGACAAAUUUAUAUGAAAGAACGUUUACAAUUUUAUAUCGAUUUGAAUAAGAUGUUACUUCAGAAACGGAGGAGCUGUGCUCCACGUGGCGAAAAUCUAACUGGGGUGGCUAGUACUGGAGAGAGCGCAACGAACACUGGCAAUGAUUCAACUUCAUCUAAUCGAGCCCCUUUCUCACGUAAUAAACGUCGUCGAGUAAGAGGAGGGUCGGUCGUUGCAUCGGCUGCUGGUAGAUCGGUGUCCCCGUCUUUGUCGCUUCCUGAAUUUGAAGAGACCAUUGCUGAAGACACCCCUAUUGACGCAGAUGGACUUGAUGACGAUAUAAUGAGAUUAAUUUCUCAGGAUCAUGUUGAAGAAGAUAAGGAUAUUCUUCACAUUAGCGAAGUAUUCUCUCGGUUACAGGUCAUGGACAGUGGUCAGCUGGUUGUUAUUCAGCAAUACGAUCGAUUCAACGAUGAUUCUAUGCUGGCAGAGCUUCGGCCCUCGUAUAUCAUCAUGUAUGAACCAGAUACGUCUUUCUUCCGGAGAAUAGAGGUCACACGGGCAUCAAAUCCUGAUCGACAGAUCAAGGCAUACUUUAUGUUUCACAAAGAAUCGGUCGAAGAGCAACGAUUCUUGUCAGAGAUCCGUCGAGAAAAGGACGCCUUCACACGUCUAAUUCGAGAAAAGGCUAAUAUGGCCAUACAUUUGGAAACGGAAAAAGAUACUGCGGCACGACUUACGAACAAUAGUACUCUUUUGCGAAACUUUAGUACCAGGAUAGCCGGUGGUGGGCAACUAGGCUUUAAUACGAACAAACCACGUGUUGUGGUAGAUGUCCGUGAACUAAAAGCUCCGUUACCCGCAGUUCUGGAUUUCAAUAAUGUAGAGGUUGUGCCAAUGACAUUGACUGUUGGAGAUUAUAUUCUUUCUCCAGAGAUUUGCGUUGAACGUAAGUCAAUUACCGAUUUUAUUCAAAGUAUGAAAAGUGGCCGUCUUCAUGAACAGUGUACAGCCAUGUGUCGCUACUAUGAGUUUCCUGCCGUUCUGAUUGAGUUUGAUGACCUCGACUCUUUCUCAUUCAACUCAGUGGGUAAUUCUGGACCACAACCAAGAUCUAUGGGGACGGCAGACAUCGAUCGCUUUUUGAGCGAGAACGAUUCGCUUCGCACACAAAUAUCACUACUUAUUUUGCAACAUCCCAAACUCAGUCUGUUGUGGUCACCGAGUCCUAAUGAUAGUGCAGAAAUAUUUGCCAGGUUAAAAAAUGAGCGCGACGAACCUGAUCCAGCACUUUGUGCUCGAAUUGGGGUGAGUGGAGGCGGCAACUCAAUCGACUACAACAUAGCUGCUAUAGACACAUUGCUAGCUAUGCCAGGUAUAACCACUAAUAACUAUGCCUUGAUCACCCGCAAGGUGCCAAACAUACGUACGUUAUGCUCCAUGUCAGAAGAGGACAUAUCUGCCAUAAUUGGUAAGGAAGCAGCAGCAAAGCUGUACAGGUUUUUUAAUGAGACCGUCCAGUGA